GGUUACGAUUCACACCUGCAGCUGUCUCCCCUUAUUGCGUACGUGUGUGUGUGUGGUUCUUAUCGGCCACAGUGAACCCAGAGAUAUCUGCGACCUAAACCGCUCAAAAGUGCAAAUCGAAAAGUGCCUCCAACUAGAUGAAAGUGUGUGCGACGACGACACGGUGACAGACGACAGAGGAAGCAAAAAAAAAGUCCGUCUGUGUGCGAGUCGGGCCUACUGCGUGGGCAACACACAAAAAAGGUGCUCAGUGUCCCGUCCGUCCCCCCAAUCCAGUGAAGAUAAAAGUGUAAAAUUCAUAUACGCGCUCGUGUGUAUGUGUGUGUGUGCGACGUGUGGUAUUUGUCUCGUGCGCUCACAUCUGUUCCGUAAUAAAUAGAAAAAGUAGGCGAAAAACACCGGGAAAAUCAUUCUGUGUGGAAACGCAAACGAGAGCGGCCCGAAAAUGCCCAAGUUUUAUCGCACCGAGAUCAACAAAACGGAAUGGGAAGUUCCGGAAAAGUAUCAGGUGCUGACCCCGGUCGGUAGCGGCGCGUACGGCCAAGUGUGCUCGGCCAUGGACACGGAGCACAACGUGAAGGUGGCAAUCAAGAAGCUGGCCCGCCCGUUCCAGUCAGCCGUCCACGCGAAGCGCACCUACCGGGAGCUGCGCAUGCUGAAGCACAUGAACCACGAGAACAUUAUCGGCCUGCUGGACGUGUUCCAUCCGGGGGCCAACAAUACGCUCGAAUCGUUCCAGCAGGUCUACCUGGUGACGCACCUGAUGGGCGCCGACCUGAACAACAUCAUCCGCACCCAGCGCCUGUCGGACGAGCAUGUCCAGUUCCUCGUCUACCAGAUCCUGCGCGGCCUGAAGUACAUACACAGUGCGGGAAUCAUUCACCGGGAUUUGAAACCGUCCAACAUUGCCGUGAACGAGGACUGCGAGCUGAAAAUACUGGACUUUGGGUUGGCCCGCCCGACCGAGAACGAGAUGACCGGCUACGUCGCGACCCGCUGGUACCGGGCGCCCGAAAUUAUGCUCAACUGGAUGCACUACAACCAAACGGUGGACAUUUGGUCGGUCGGCUGCAUCAUGGCGGAGCUGCUGACCGGCCGGACACUGUUCCCCGGCACGGACCACAUUCACCAGCUAAACCUUAUCAUGGAGAUACUCGGCACACCGAACGAUGAGUUCAUGGCGAAAAUCUCCUCGGAAAGUGCCCGUCAUUACAUAAAAUCGCUGCCGAAAACGGAGAAGCGCAACUUUAGCGACGUUUUCCGCGGUGCCAAUCCGCUUGCCAUCGAUUUGCUGGAAAAAAUGUUGGAGCUGGAUGCGGAUAAGCGGAUAACGGCCGAACAGGCCCUUGCUCAUCCCUAUUUGGAGAAGUAUGCCGAUCCGUCCGACGAGCCAACCUCAUCGCUGUACGAUCAGAGUUUCGAGGACAUGGACCUGCCCGUGGAACGGUGGAAGGAACUGGUCUUCAAAGAGGUACUUAACUUUGUCCCGCAGCAGCACGCACAUAUUGGCGGUGAACCUCAAGCGUAAUUCCAGAACGAGAUCAAUCAGUAAAAGCCCAACUAGCUUCAGUGAAGGCAAAAUGGUAAUGCACAGACCACCACAUAAUGCAAAAUAUACACGCGAAAGGACACGCGGUUGUCCAUGAAAGGGUCUAGUAGAGACGAAGAAGACAGGAGCGGAGGGCUCAAACAGUGAAUUACUGAAUGCGUACUAAAUGCUGACUUAGAAGCAAGGUUUGAGAAUGGCAGUCUCUAUUGAGCACAUGUAUGCAGGGUUCACUUUUAUAAAUUUCUUCAUAAAUAUUGUGCAAUUGCGUAAAACGCUUGCCUUCUGGUGAUGUGUGGUUGUGUGUUGCGUGUGGUGCAAAAGACGAAAAGAGCUAGUACGGGUAGCAGCAAGAGAACACGUAGCCUCUAGAUACACAAAUUGACGUGCACAAGUCCUUGUGUGUAUGUGUGUGGUGUGUGAUGCAACAGCUAAAUACGAACAUUUCUCCUCUGUUUAAACACCAACUAGUAAAGUAAGCAAAUGCGACAGACAUGAAUGAAGAUGGAAGCUAGCAAAAAAAGGGAAUGCAAAAUCCACCCUACAAAAUCAGAAUUUAGAUCCUUGCUCACUCCCCCACAGGGCACAUACCCCGUCCGUGUGUGUGUGUUUCAAGCUUUACUGUUGAUGCCACAACAACAACAACAACAACAACAAAUUAUUACAGUUUCGAGUUAGAUUCAAUGUUAAUAUACGUACGCGAUAAAUGGGUAUGAGGUUCAAGGUGUAGUAUAUGCACGGUACGCUGGAAAGAGUAAUGGUGGGAAAGAGUCGUUAGAGUCGUUAGAGUCGAAAGUGUACUUGAAGUAGUAAAAAAACGAUAACAACAAACUUAUUUGAUACGAAUAAAAUUAUCUACAAAUUAA